AUGCAGAAGUUCCACAACCUUUAUCAAGGUGCCUUCAUGGUGCAAACAUUUUGUGCCAACUUCACUGCCAUCAAUGGUGCUCACAAGGUACAUGAACUAGACAAGCCAGGAGACAGCUUGAAUCCUGCUGGGGGUCUAGUGCUGUUGUGUGCUGUGGUUAAGCAAGCAUUGAUGCUUGUUGCUUCUCAUACUAUAACCAUCACAAUGGUUCUCACUGCCAAGGGUAAAUCUAUACCAUUGCUGAAGACACUCAAUCACUCAACCGCUAAAGUUUCCAAUCAGCAAACAGGAUUCAAUGACAUCACCUGGGGUUCUUCCACACACUCAUAUGUGAAGUCAAUUGAAUUUUCCAAGAAGAGCCAUCAUUCCGGCAAUGAUAGAGCCAUCAAUGAUGGUGUGGUCAAUGAUGAAGAUCUGGACAAGCACGCUCAGCUCAUGGACAUAUUGGAGUCUGAGUCUGGGUCUGAAGAUCAUAGUAAUGGCUCUGAUGUGGACUUGGAGGUGGAAUGA